GUUUUCAUCGGUGGCUUGACCCACGAAUUUUGUAACCCUCACAUCGAAGCCGCCCGCAAGUCCGAAGUCGCUAUCAAGCUUUCAACCCUUGGCUUCCCAAAAUGGCCGAUUCAGCCCCCGUCACCCUUCGCACACGGAAAUUCAUCACCAACCGUCUCCUCGCCAGACGUCAAUUCGUCCUUGAUGUCUUACACCCAUCCCGACCAAACGUUUCCAAGGAAGAGCUUUCUGAAAAGCUUGCCGCCAUGUACAAAACCGACAAGAAGCGUGUUGUAACUUUUGGUUUCCGUACGGCGUUUGGUGGAGGUCGAAGCACUGGAUUUGCUUUGAUCUACGAUGACGAGGACAGUCAGAAAAAGUUUGAGCCGAAAUAUCGUCUAGUUCGAUCAGGACUCGCGACCAAGGUUGACAAACCUUCUCGUAAGCUACGGAAGGAGCGUAAGAACCGGGCGAAGAAGUUCCGUGGUACACAAAAGAUCAAGGGCUCCGAACCCGCCAAGAAGGGCAAGUAAAUUAUUCGCCGAUGGGUCAUUGUUCAAUCUCCUUCCCUUUUGCGUUAUCACGCUGUCUUGGAUUGCAUUUUUUGCAUGCAUUGGGUACCUACCUUUUAACUUGAUUGCUUGCGAACCAUUUCCAUAUGCUUUGUCGUAUCAUUACAACCUCAUGAAUCCAUGCGAUAUGCCCUCUUGACAGUCGAAAUAACUGUUCGAACCCCAACGGUAGUCUUUCUCCAGUUUAUCU